UGUAAUAAAGCUAAACGAUGAAAGGCUUGUUUACACGUGCGCGCUAGGCCCUGUAUUGAUCUGCAUCCAGUUUCCUUCUGACUGUCCUGCCAGGUUGGUUCUCUUUCACGUUCGCCUCGGGCGAGAAAGCUAGCACUUGGAUUAUAUAGCAAGCUAACGUUAGAAGCACGUUGAGUAGCCUUUUUAGUAUUUUGAAGAAAUGUAGCUAGCUAAACUUUUGAAAGACUAAGUACACAACACCGUUGCAAACUGCUUUUUCUCUGGCGUUUGCACGAUCCGCAUGCGCGCAGACGGCUAAUUUAGCUGGGGGCGUUUAUUACGCACAGUUCGCAAUGCUACAUCUGCUACCACUGUGAAACACGUUCAUCAAACAAUUCGAUUAUUUUCUAUGUCAACUUUAAACAUGGAUUUGGUUGCAGAUUGCCAGACGAGCUGUGGAAGUCUUAUGUAUAGCAUGCGGUCUAAACGCUCACGAAUUACUCGUUUAUUUGGCUCGUGAUGAUGACGUCAAACUCGAUCUGUGAUGGCUCUCACACAAGGUAGACAGAAUAUGGAGAAGACGCCUUGGAGACAUUAUUGAGAUCUUGGACCGCAGUCAUUGCAGAUGUAUAUGAGGCAUUUCUUCAGGCUCUUCUCAGCUAUGGCAGGACCCAGGCCAGUGGUGCUGAGUGGCCCGUCAGGGGCUGGGAAGAGCACGCUGCUCAAGAACCUGCUCAAGGAGUACGAGGGCGUGUUUGGCUUCAGUGUCUCGCAUACAACAAGGAGCCCUCGUCCUGGUGAAGAGAAUGGCAAAGAUUACCAUUAUGUUACAAGGGAGUAUAUGCAGGCCAGCAUCGACAAAGGGGAGUUCAUUGAGAGCGCAGUGUUUUCAGGGAACAUGUACGGGACGAGCAAGGCCUCGGUGCAGGCCGUUAAAGACAAGAACCUGAUCUGCAUCCUGGACAUCGACAUGCAGGGCGUUAGGGCUGUCAAGACGACAGACCUCAACCCCAUCUACAUCUCGAUCCAGCCUCCGUCCAUGAACAUACUGGAGAAACGCUUAAGGGACAGAAAUACUGAGUCAGAGGAGAGCCUCCAGAAACGUUUAGAUGCUGCUCAGGUGGACAUGGAGAUAAGCAAGGAACCUGGCAUAUUUGACAUUGUCGUUGUCAAUGAUAAUCUCGACGAUGCCUAUGGGAAGUUGAAAGACGCCCUUAUUGAGGAAAUCAAAAAAGUUCAGAAAAACAACUUUUCUUAAGCGACGAGAAACCUGACAGCCAUCCUUGCCACUCCUUACAAAAUGGCAGCCCUCCUAUUCCAAUCCUGAACAUUCCGUCAGAUACCGGUGUUGGAAGGAACUACAGACAACCUGCCUCGCCCCGAACCACAGAUGGUAGCCUUCUAAGUGCGCAGGAAUAUCUUUUUACAUAUUUGGAAGAUAGAAGUGAACUAUUUUGCUGUAUUUAUUUAUUCGCCUGGUGGUCAGCUUAAAAGUUGUUGUAUUUUGAUCCACAAAGAAAAAUACUCCAUGAAUGGUUGGUUAACCUGGGACUACCUUGUUUUAUUUUACUAUGAAGGAGUACUGCACACAGGAGUUUCCGCCGCCAAGUCAUUCUUCUGUGCAUCUACCAGUAUUAUAGCCCCUAAGCAUUCUAUUUGUAUUCACUCUGGCCAUAAUAACAAGACUCAUUCCACCUAGUGCUCAGCAAGAGUGGAUCCUUGUAUGGUAUGUUCGCAAAUGUCCCGGCUUGCCCCGAAGUCUAGCCCUGUCGGUACAGCUUCGGAACAUUGCUGUUCUGUUCCUGUCUAACAGAACUGACCUGAAAAUGUGGUUGUACGGAAAUGCGUUGGUUGUCAUUAGCCACAACACGGUUCCACAGCUAUAGCCAGAAAGGUAAAGAAUAGGGAGAGGCCCAGGCCUUUCAUUCCUUUUAAGAGGGAUUGUUGACCAACAGUAUUGUCAACAUAGAGCAGCUAAUAACCAAUCACAAUGCCAGGGGCUUGGGCACUAGCUAACUCUGGCCCUUGCAUCGUCAUACAGGGAAGCACCAUCCAUUCAUAUACAUUCAUAGCCGAUCUCAGGAAAUGACUGUAACCUAGUUGCUGUUUGCUAGGGAUCCCAGUCAACUUGUGUGUGAGGCAAUCUGUUUGAAGUAUCCCUGUAGGUUACCAUACUUUUGAAAUUAUAGAAUUACUUAAUUUACCAAUAAAACCGAUUGCCAAUUAGGAUUUACAAUCAUGUUAAUCACUAGAACAGCUAUACAGGAAGCUGCACUUUGAGACAACGACUUACCCCGAAUAGAUUUUUGUUCACUGUUGUGCAGGCGUGAAACUUUUAUAUGGUUUUGUGUUCAUCAUUAUUUUACAAAUCUCACCUGUAGUAUAAUAUGCAGUGGGUUAUUUUGGACAGAAAACAAUUGAAUGAGAAUAAAAGAUCAAUGGCAUAUUUAAAUAACUGGAGCAAGUAGUGUCAGUCCUUAAAGGAGAAUAAAGAAAAGCUUCGAACUAAGCACACGGAACAUCGGCUUUACUUGAAACUGGCUACAUUGAAUUCCACAAACCGGUCUUAAAAAAGGCUACAUUGUUUCAGCAGCUUUUGAUGUCUUAAGUUUGUAGUUUGACAUGCCUUGUUUAACAAGGCAACUUCCAUUCACAACCCAAAUUGAGUGCAUUAGUAACUUUUAUUUGACACAGGCUACUGUGGCCCAUGACUAAUGCGCCACUGCUUCUUGUCCUUUUGUGUUUGAUCUCCCUUUGAACAUGAAAUUCAUUACUUUGCACAAAUGACUUAAUGAAACUUAUUUGACUGUUUGACUAACCAACGUUUCAAUGAUUGAAGGCUUGAUUCAGUCUAAAGCUGAAGCUUGAUAUUCAUUGAUUGAAUUUCCGUUCAUUUCCGAUUGCGCCAAUAUGCAGCGUUUACAGUCUCCACUAAAGCAGAAACAUUGCCUUUCAUUUGAAAUCACUCUAUAAAGCUGAACUUCACCGAUGCAUAUUGAAGCCCUGCUUUGCAUGUAUACUUGUUUUCAUUGGCCAGAUAUUGACAAGUCACCCAGCCUUCAAGUCCUUGUUUUACAACUGUAGUAAAGUCAAAUAAUGAAACUA